UUCAACAGUUAGCUAUGGUUUUACCAUAGCUGUCAACAUGUUAAAAUGACAGUUUAUUAAAAAAUUUAACAAGUGUUACAAAAUUUAAGUGAAUUUUCUUCAAGAUUUAGAAUUAUAUCAACAACUGUGAUUUAAUCGAAGCCGACCAACACGAUGCUGAUACCGGCGACUACGACACCGGCAGCGAUGCUCACGACCAUCUCGCCGGAGGGCUCUGCACCAUGCAAGAAACCUCUGGAGAAGAUCACCAUAGUCGGCGCUGGCACGCUAGGAACGGCUAUUGCGUACACACUCCUCGUGCAGGGAUUGGGCAACGAAGUGGCACUGAUCGACCAGAAUGAACCGCUCGCCAGAGGUGAGGCGCUCGAUAUGCUUCACGCCACCCAGUUCCUCAACAAUCAACAAGUUACCUGCGGUACCGAUUAUUCCGCUGCGAAUUUAUCAAAAAUAAUCAUCAUAACAGCCGGCGCAAGGAAUUUCGACAACAAGGAGACGGCGACGAAGCAGAACACUGAGAUUUUCCGCGAGCUCAUCCCGCAGCUGAUAAGCCAUGCUGACAACGCGAUAUUUAUCAUCUGCAGUUAUCCAGUGGAUGAAAUGUCAUACGUCACGUGGAAGCUGAGUGGGCUGCCGCCGCACAAGGUGAUCGGCGCCGGCACCUACCUGGAGACGACGCGUUUUCGGCGCGGCAUCGCCGACCGCAUGAAUGUGCAUCCGUCUUGCUGUCGUGCGUUUGUCAUCGGCGAGCAUGGCCCCAAAAGUAUUCCGAUUUGGUCCUCGGUGAACGUCGCCGGCGUGCGCCUGGCCGAAGUGAACCCGGACAUCGGCACGCCGCAGGAUCCCGAAGAUUGGAAUUCCAUCUUUAGAGACAUCGUCGACAGCGCCGAGGAAGUGGUCUGCUUGAAGGAGUGUGCCUCCUGGGGCAUGGCGCUGAGCGUUGCGCGCAUCGUUAGAGCCAUUCUGCACGACACCGGCGAGUGCUUCACUGUCUCCACGCACAUCAAGGGCUGCCGCCAUGGAAUCGACAAAGACGUGUUCAUGUCCUUGCCGGUCAUUUUGGGCUGCGAUGGCGUCAAGAAGUUGAUAAAGCAGUCGUUCACAGACACCGAAAAGGAGGCGCUGCAGAAAUCCGCCGACCGGAUGUUUGACCUUUUCAGGACCCUUGAUUUAGACAAAAUUGAACCACCAAAAAUAAUUUGUUGAAUGGAGCGCCUCGUAAUAAUCUAAUUGUAUUGACUAAAUGAUUUGUGGGACAUGGAGACUCGGAGCAACGUGUGUAAAUUAUUCAAAUGUAGUACAUUCAUUAUCA